AUGGGCAGUGCUGAAGACCCAGACUGGCUCCAGCUGCUUCAGAAGGACUCCAGCCCCCCAGGACCCCAGCCCACAGCCCUCUGCUGCCCACAGGAUGGGAGCCUGGGGGCUGGGGGCCCAGCCAUGAGGGACUGCUGCCCCUCCCAGCAAAAGGCCAGCCCUGCGCCUCCCAGGCACACCCCUGACCAAAGCCUACGCAUGGACUCUAGACACAGCAGCCCCAGUAGGGCUGAGGAAGGGGCCUCCUGCUCUGAGGGCCCUGGCAGGAGGUUGGCCUGUCCCUCCCUGACCUGCAUCUCUUCCCAAGAGGCAGCCACCAAGGAGGCAUUGGAGGCAGAUGGAGCCUCAAUCUCAGGGACACCAGAAACCACCUUGUCUGGGAAGCCAGAACCUGUGUCCUCAGUAAAAAUUGAUCAUACAUCCUCAGACAGCAGAAAUCCUAUGUUCUUGGAUAAGAUGGAUUCCAAGUCUCCAGAUCAGGCAGAUUCUACUUCCAUAGGAAAGGAAGAUACUGGGUCCUCAAGGAAGACAGAUCCCAUCUUUUCUGGAAAAACAGAACCUGCAAUCUUGGGAAAGGACAGUCCUGUGGCUCCUGGAGGGACAGAUCCCAUGACUCCAAGAAGGGAGGAUGAUUUUGGAUCCUUGGGAAAAGCAGAUCCUAUAUGCUCCAGCAAGGUGGAUAUGAUGUCUCCAAAGAAGGAGGAUCCUGGUCCUUUGAGAAAGGUGGAUCCUGUAUCCUCAGGCAAAGUGGAUCCUAUGUUCCCAAGAAAGGAGCCCAGCUAUUCUGGAAAAGAGCAUCCUGUGUCCUCAGAAAAGGUGAGUUCUGUAUCCACUGGAAAGGCAGAUAUUGUGUUCUUCAGAAAGAGAGAUCCUGAGCCCUCAGGAAAGGCGGAUCUUAUGUCCUUGGAAAGCAUGGAUUCUGUAUCCGGAGGAAAGACAGAUCCAGGGCUCCUGGGAAAGCUGACUCCAGGGUCGUCAGGCAAGAUCGAGCCUUUAUCCCUUGGAAUAGUGGCUCCUGGGCCCUCAGGAAGAGUGGAUACUCCGGAUUUGGAGAUAGCAGAUCCUGUUUCUAUGGUAAAUGCAGAAACUGUGUCCUCUGCAAAAGGGGACUCUCAGUUCCUGGGAAAGACGGACCCUGCCUUCUCAGGAGAGGGGGGUCCUGUGUCUGUGAGAAUGACAAAAAAUGUGUCUGCUAGCCAUGUGGAUCCCGUGUUUGCAGGAAAGGUGGAUCCCACGUCUUUGAAAAAUGCAGAUCCCACAUCUUUAGGCAAGAUGGAUCAGGUUUCCUUGGGAUGGGUGGAUCCUGUGUCCACAGGAAAACCAGAGCCCUUUUCUUCUGGGCAGGCAGAACAUGUGUCUGUGGGAAAGAAAGAAACUGUUUCUUCAGGAAAAGAGGACCCAGUGUCCUCCAGAAAGGUAGAUCCCAUAUCUGCAGGAAAUAUAAAAACAUCAUGCUCUGGAAAAGUGAAUACUGAAUCUUCAGAAAAGACAGACCCUGUGUCCUCAGGUCUAGAGAAUCCCAAGUCCUUGGGGACAGUAGAUCUCCCAUCCACAGUAAAAGCUGAGGCAGUGACUGUGGGGGAAAGAGACACAAUAUCCUCAGAGAAGGCAGGUCCUAUGGCCUCUGGCAAGGUGGGUCCGACAGCCUCAGGGAAGGCUGUUCCUCUGGCCUUGGGCAAGCUGGACCCCGUGAGCAGGGGAAAGGCAGAAACUGUCCCCUCUGGAAAAGUGGACUCUGUGUCUUUAGGUAAGGUGGCCUCCUCAGCUCCAGGAAAAACAGUCCUGGUGUCCUCUGGGAAGGUGGAUCUCGUGUCCUUUGGAAAAGCAGAAGCUCUCCCAGCGGGAAAGGUGAAUCCUCUGCCUCUAGAGAAGGGGAAUCCUGUGAACUCCACAAAGGUGGAUCUCGGGGCCUCAGGGAAAGCAGAGCUGAAGUCUGGGGACAAAACAGAAACAAAGCUCUCUGGACAAGAGCGUGCUCCAUCAACAGGAAAAGGAGAGAUUGUGUCUUUGCAAAAGGAGAAGCCACAGGCCUCAGAGAAGGUUGAUCCUGGAUCCUCCAGAAAAGCAGACCCCAUUGCCUCUGGGAAGGGAGAACCUGUAUCCCUGGGGAAGGCUGACUCUACAUCUUCCAGAAAAGCAGAGCUCCCAUUAAUGGGGAAGGUGGAUCCCCUUACUCUGGAGAAGACCGAGUCCUUGUCUUCCUCCCCCUGGCAGUCAAAUGGCAAACCCUGCGGCUCAGCCCGGUCUCCCGAGGGUGCUGGGGGAGGCAAGGGCCCCGAGGCGCCGGAGUCCACGCCCAGCGCUGAGGCUUCCAUCCUCGGUCAGAAAGACCUGGCAGCCGCUGGGGCCGAGAGAAGCUCCAGCCCGGAGGUCGCAGCGCCCCCGCCAGGGCCGCGAACUCGCGACAACUUCACCAAAGCUCCGUCGUGGGAGGCGAGCGCCCCGCCACCGCCGCGCGAGGACGCGGGCACGCAGGCAGGCACGCAGGCCUGCGUCUCGGUGGCCGUGAGCCCCAUGUCUCCGCAGGAUGGCGCGGGCGGCCCGGCCUUCAGCUUCCAGUUAGCGCCGCACGCGCCCAGCCCAGCGCCCAGGCCGCCCUCGCGCCGGGACGCGGGCCUGCAGGUGUCGCUGGGCGCCGCCGAGACGCGCUCUGUGGCUACCGGGCCUAUGACGCCGCAGGCCGCCGCGCCGCCCGCCUUCCCCGAAGUGCGGGUGCGGCCGGGCUCUGUGCUGGCGGCCGCCGUGGCGCCCCCGGAGGCGGCCGAGCCCGUGCGCGAUGUGAGCUGGGACGAGAAGGGCAUGACGUGGGAGGUGUACGGCGCCUCCAUGGAAGUGGAGGUGCUGGGCAUGGCCAUCCAGAAGCACUUGGAGCGGCAGAUCGAGGAGCACGGCCGCCAAGGGGCGCCUGCGCCGCCGCCCGCCUCCCGCACGGGCCCGGGCCGCGCGGGCUCCGUGCGCGCCGCGCCUGCAGAUGGCGCUGCCAAGCGCCCGCCCGGCCUCUUCCGCGCGCUGCUGCAGAGUGUGCGCCGUCCGCGGUGCUGCUCGCGGGCGGGACCCACGGCCGAGUGA